CUGCAGCUCUGAUGAUGGAUCGCCUCCAGCUGAAGGGAGUCUUCCUCUUCUUGGUCCUGACUGCUGCAGAGAACCUCACAGAGCCUCACAGGCCUGAUUCCGGAAGGGACUGGAUCCAGCCUGAAUCGGAGCCUUCUUACCUGCUGCUGACUCCCGCGGCUCUCAGAACCGGACUCCCCACCUCAGUGGCGGUCACCGUUCUGGGCUCCUCCUCCGUCACCGUCUCUGCUGAGAUCUACCAGGAACAAGGAGGAGUUCUGUCCAAGAACUCCACCGUCGUUAAAGGAGGAACCACAGCUCAGCUGACUCUGCCUGCUAUCAAAGAAGCCGAAUCUGGUGCCAGAAGCUCCUACACCCUAAAGGUCAAAGGCCACAGAGGUUCGGUCCAGAUCUUCUCCAACUCCACGCAGCUGCAGGUCCAGCCUGGAGGCGUGUCCACCUUCAUCCAGACCGACAAACGAUCCUACCAGCCGGGUCAGGCGGUGAAGAUCAGAGCCGUGUCGGUUCUGUCUGACGGGAAGCCCUGUGUCGGACCAGCAGACAUCCUGAUCCGGGCAUGUCCCUUUCUGCCAAAGUUUGAGGUAGUGAUCAAAGCUCCGGAUGUGAUCCAUUGGGAGGACAAUCUGAAAGGCUUCGUCUCGGCCAGGUACUGGUAUGGCAAACCCGUCCACGGACACAUGAACAUCACAGUCAGUCUUCACUCCCAUGGCAACGUUUAUAGUCACAGCAAGGAGGCGGAGAUCCAUGGGUCCGAAAAGUUCAUGUUUGAUGCUGUCGACUUUCCUCUGGACUGGGAGUGGGUGAUGAUGAUAUUCUAUGAAGAAAGCUGGGUCUACCUGACCAUCCAGGUGUCUGUGACCGAAUACCUGACAGGUAAGUCCCUGAAAAUAACUUCCUAUAAUGGUGAUCCACUGACGGCGAAGGAUCAGGAAAAGAUGGUCAAAGUUUCGGUGAUGCAGAAACAGAAAGAGAAGGUUGAUAUGAAUGACUUGGAGUUCCCUUUGCCAGCAGACGGAAUCCUUCCUCUGAAAAUCCAAGUCCUGAAUGACACAGAAUAUCUCACUAUUGUAGUUUCUUUAGAGGAUUGUUACAAGGAUCUUUUCAUCGACACAAGCUACACCUCCCCGAGUCAUUCCUACCUCCGUAUUCAUAAACCCAACAGACCUGCAGAGGUUGGUUCAAGCCUUCGGCUGAAGAUUGAGAGCAACUUUCCUCUCACUGAUGUUCAUUAUCUGGUGACGUCCAGAGGUCAGGUGGUUUCUGCUGGGAGAAGCUCAGGUUAUCUAACUCUGGUCCCUGAGGUCUCCUGGGCUCCCAUGGCUAAGAUCAUUGUUUACUGUGUUCAUCUGAGUGGAGAGGUCAUCAAUGAUGUCAUCCACCUGCCCAUCGCCCGCUUUCUACAGAACAAGGUGAGUAUUCUGCAGAUGUGUGAUCUCGCUGUGAUGACUGAUGCCACUUUACACGAACCAAACCCAACAUGGCUGCAGCUCAAAGAGGAGCUGGUUCACUAUCUCCAGGUGGACGGAGAACAUCACCAGGAACAACCAGAGCCGCACAAGCGUGAGAACUUUCCGGAGACCUGGGUCUGGAUGGAAGUCAACACAGGAGCUUCAGUUGGAGAAGAGAUCUCGCUGACGGUUCCUGACAGCAUCACCACCUGGACGGCCUCCGCCUUCGUCAUGUCCCAGGACCUGGGUCUGGGAGUCACAGAGAAACCAGCAGAGCUCACGGUGUUUCAGGACUUCUUCCUGUCCCUCAACCUUCCUGCCUGCAUUACCCGGGGAGAGGAGCUGGUGCUGGAGGUGGUUCUGUUCAACUACCUCCAAGAGGACCUGGAGGCUGAAGGAGUCCCGCAGACCUUCUCCUCCUCGAUGCUCUUCCAUCUUUCUGCAGACCAGACCAGCCUUUCCAGGGAUGUCAGCUUCUCCUUCCCACCAGGUGUGGUGGAGGGCAGCGAGCGCGUCUCGUUGACGGCCAUCGGUGACAUCCUGGGGCCCUCCAUCAGUGGUCUGGACUCGUUGAUCCAGAUGCCGUAUGGCUGUGGGGAGCAGAACAUGAUCCACUUCGCUCCAAACAUCUACGUCCUGCAGUACCUGAUCGCCACGGGCCAGGUGGACCCAGACCUGACACGGCGAGCCACAGACUACAUGAUUAAAGGUUAUGAGCAGCAGCUGUCCUAUCAGAGAGCAGACGGCUCCUUCAGCGCGUUCGGAGAGCAGGAUUCAUCCGGCAGCACCUGGCUGUCUGCGUUUGUGCUGCGCUGUUUUCUGCAGGCCAGGCCGUUCAUCAGCAUGGAUGACCAUGUUCUACAGAGGGCAGCGGCUUGGGUCGCCAUGCAGCAGGGAGCAGACGGCAGGAUGCUUGAGCCCGGCAGGGUUAUCCACACCGAGCUCCAGGGAGGUCUGGAUGGGCCCGUUUCCCUGACGUCCUACGUCCUUAUCGCCCUGUUGGAGGAUGAUGUUGUCAGGGCUCGCUACGAUUCACAGGUUACUGCCGCCCGGUUCUACCUGGAGGCUCGUUUGGCUCAAGGUGUUUCCAGUAACUACAGCCUCAGCCUCCUCACCUAUGCCCUGGCUCUGGCAGGAAGUCCCGCCUCCCUCACUGCAUUGAACCAGCUGAUUGGACGAGCUGAGAUCAGAGACGGCGUGCCGAUGUGGUCGUCCGCUGACCGGAGCCUGUCGUCGUCAUGGCAGCCACGCUCUGCAAACAUUGAGAUGGUGUCCUAUGUGCUGCUUUCUCUCCACAAACUGAAUCAGGUCCCUGAUGGUCUGAGCCUCAUGAAGUGGCUCAGCCAGCAGAGGAACCACCUGGGAGGAUACGGCAGCACUCAGGACACGGUGGUGGCUCUGCAGGCGUUGUCCACAUUCGCCCCCCUGGGAAUAUCUCAUCACUCUGACAUAAACAUCAGAGUGGAUAACAGAGACUCAGACAGCGUUGCCUCCUUCCACAUCAACAAGGACAACUUCCUGCUCCUUCAGAGUCAGCAGAUUGUUCCAGAAGCUGAACUGGAUCUAAAGGUGGUGGCAAAAGGUCAAGGACUGGCUCUGUUCCAGCUGAACGUGUUUUACAACAUCAGGACGGAGGAGCUGAUGAGGAAGAGACGGGACACGCAUGAAGAUGAGGCCUUCCAUCUAUAUGUGGAUCUGUUUGACUCGGAGGAGAACCACGCCAGUCUGCACGUAUGCAGCAGUCUGUCCCACCAUCUGGACCUGAAUGAGACAGGGAUGGUUCUGAUGGAGGUGGGUCUACUCAGCGGCUUCAGCCUGCGUCCGGACCUCAUCGAACUGGACGGCGCCUUAAAAAAAGUGGAGACGCAGCCGGGGAAGGUGGUCCUGUACCUGGACUCUGUCACGACUCACGAGACGUGCGUGUCGAUUCCUCUGAUCCUGGAGUUUAUGGUGGCUAAAGUCCAGGAGGCCACCGUCACCAUCUAUGACUACUAUGAACCCAGAGGUCCAAUCAGUAAAAGAUGUCAGCUGGACGUCUGCUCUGCCGCUGCAGCUGUGCAGCAGGCCGCCGCCCCCACCGCCCGCCCCUACAGACUAAGGCCGCUCAAACGUCCCCUGGUCUCUCUUCCGCUUUCAGAAAAUCAAAGCGCAGCGUACGGAAGCCCCGCUGUGGAGCACCUGUGGCUUCAUAAAAGGUAG